AUGAGUUGGACCGCCCUGGCAGGUUGCCCGCCCAUUCAGGACAGCCAGCGGAGGUGGGUGCUGCUCAGUGGUGGUGGGAUCCAAGGUCCAGACGCUCUUGCAUCUUGGAACCAGUGGGCAUUGGACCUUCAAAGUACAAGUUCGGGGCAUGAACUGGACUGUCGGUCUCAGUUUCCCCCUCACCUGUGUCCUCGUCGCUGUCGAAUUCGGGCGAAGCCCUCACACAAGGUCGGGGCUCUGUACAUAAUAUUGCUCCCACACAUCACCAAACACAGGCCCAGCCGUUCAACACAAUCAGGAACCUAUCCCACCGUGGCGCUGCUGGUCUUCCUCGUGUACCGGCGACGUUACGUGUACGUGUUCGCACAUACUACUUGGUGCUAG